AUGGAGGAAGACAGCACUCAGGACAUCGAGUCUCUCAUUGAGGACAUGGACUACAUCCCAGGUCACUUUCACCUGGAUCUCAAUUUCAACUGUGAUCUUACUGUGCCUGUGCAGCUGCGGCACAGGGACAUUUAUCUUAGACAGGAGAGCCUACAAGGUGAGCUAGAGGCUGAAGUUGGAUAUCUACAGUACGCUGUCCGAAAUCUUCAGGGUGUGCUGGCUUCUCACCUUGAACAGCUGGACACAGCAGAGGAAAUAUUUAGGAGUAUUUGUAAAGAAAACCCUGGGAACCUCAAUGCCUGGGCCAACCUGGGCUACGUUUAUGACAAGUUGGGGAGAGAGCUGGAUGCAGGGGAGUGUGUGGAGAAAGUGUCCCAGCUGAUGGGUGUAGAUGCUGGAGAGGCCUCUCAGGAAGAGUCCAGGCUACUGGCUGCACGCUGCCUGGCUGAGCAGGCCUACGUCUAUCCAUACGACGUGGAACUGCACAGUGAGGACGACCUGAGAGAGAGGCUAAUGGCAGCAUUGACAUUGUACAACAAAGCUUUGGGCUAUGGGGGACAGCUGAUACCAAUGGAGGAGAAACGAAGCUGGUAUUUUAAAAUGGCAACCAUUUACAUAAGACUGGACGACAUAGUAAAGACCAAAGAGGACUCAGAAUACUUCAGACUCUCUCACUACAAUAAGGGACUGAAACUUCUCAAAGAAACACUUGAAUCUGAGAAAAAACAAUACAAAGCUCUCACCUGGUGUUAUGUUGGCAUUCUCUUGGAAAGAAAGGAAGAGUUCACCACUGUGCCCAUGUCUGUACAUGACUGCGGCUUCUCGGCCUCAGAGCCUCUAUCCUGCUAUGCAACAGCCAUAAACUUGGCCAGUGAUGAUGCAUUCAUCCUGAACCUUCUGGCCAAGGUCUUCUUUCUGCUGGGCAAGCAUGAGAUGGCCACAGGGAUCUGCAACAUGGCCCUCAAUGUGCUGCCAGAUCCAGAGCUGAACUGGCAGGCCUACUGCACUCGAGCCAAGAUCAAUGUGAUGCUCUACAUGAGGGACCUGGAGAAGGCAAAACAUGGCCAAGGUGGCCUUCCAGACCGACAAAGCCUAACUGAGGCCAGAAAGGACUUAGACACGGUGCUCACUGUACGUCCAUGUCUGAGGACUCACCUGGAGAUGGCACAGGUGUGCUACUACAUGGGGGUAGAUGCACUCCAGCAGAGCCUUUUGGUAGAUGAGGGUGCAGUGAACAGUGCAUUGGUGAGUUUAUCUCAUGCCCUGCAGUUUAAGCUGGGUGACAGCUUGCCAGACCUCCACGUGCUCAGAGGAAUAGAAUUAGAAAGGCCAGGAAGCACAGACACCACAGCUCUGCGCUGCCUCCUACAGGCCCUCCUGGCUCUGUUCAUGCAGAAUGGCCCUGACCCCACCCCCGCCAUCACUCAGCUUGAGACAUGGGUGCAAAAGGCAGAGAAGAGGUACCCUGAGGACACUGUGAAGGAAGAGCUGAGGUGUCUUUACAGGACUCACACAGCAGAGGUUACAGAGUUAUCCAAGGCUCUGAUCAGCACAGGCCGACUGGAUUUAGUGAGGAGACUACUGGAAACAGUGGUGCCUAAACAGCUGGCUGAGAGGAAACUGAGUGCAAGAUCUUUCUCCAUUUCUUCAUCACAUGAGUAGAUACACAGACCA